AGAUAUCAGUCUACAUAGAUCGUAAAAAUAAAGUGUGAAUUGUAACCAUUUUUUGUUUUAGCGUAUACCUAUCUCUUACGCCUUAUUUCCAGAAUGGAUGAUGAUUUAGCAAUUGGAAUUGAUCUCGGUACCACAAAUUCGUGUGUUUCUGUUUAUACGAAAGGCAGAAUACGAAUCUUAGAGAAUGAAAGAGGAGGAAAAGUUACACCAUCUUUUAUUUACUUUCAACCUCAAGGUGGUAUUGUCAUUGGCGAACAUGCAAAGACGAUAUCAGUUCAUAAACCAGAAAACGGAAUUUAUGAAAUCAAACGGCUAGUAGGUAGAAAAUUUGAUGACACUUAUAUUCAAAAAAGUCUGGAUUACUUUCCCUUUGUAAUAUCUUCAGACGUCUCUAACCGUCCAGUGAUUUCUUUCAAGCAGAAUAAUACAACAAUCAAGAAAACUCCACAAGAACUGUGUACAAUAAUCCUACAAGAAUUAAAAAGAUAUGCUGAAGCAAAACUUAAUCAAACCGUAAACAAAGCUGUCAUAACCGUUCCGGCUUACUUCAACGUUACCCAACGAGAGGUCACUUUAGCAGCAGCUAAAGAUGCCGGGUUCACUGUGCUUAAGCUUCUAAAUGAACCAACAGCAGCGGCUUUAGCUUACUAUUUGGAGAAUGAUAUAACCGAAAGCCAUAUUUCUUUAGUUUAUGAUUUAGGAGGUGGUACUUUCGACGUUGCGGUUCUUGAAAAAAAGCUUGGUACCGUGGAAGUACUGUGCGUUGGUGGGGACACUCAACUAGGAGGUCACGAUUUCGAUAAUUGCAUUUUGGAUUAUAUUUUCGAGGUGUUACGGAACGAUUAUGAUUAUCAUGCAAAAAUGGAUCCAGAUGAUAAAAGGAGAUUGCGUAUUAAGUGCGAAGAAGCGAAGAAAGAACUGUCAUCUGCUAACGAAGCAGUCGUCACUAUAAAUGGAGUGGUACCUAAACAUACCAAAAUAAUUAUUACUUUACCGAGGACACUUUUUGAAGAGAAAGCCAAUAAGUUACUCCAAAGAACUAUUGACAUUCUACAUAACUGUUUAGUCGAUUCAAAAAUUUCUAAAGAGUCGAUUCAAGAGAUAAUAUUGUGUGGUGGCUCCACUCGAAUACCCAAAAUACAAGAAAUGAUUUCAGAAUAUUUCGGAGGUAAACAAUUAAAUAAGUUUGUAAAUCCUGACGAGUGUGUAGCUGAAGGUGCAGCCUUGCAAGCCGCUAUGUUAUCAACCAGCAAAAAACAGGAUAUUGAACAACUGGAAAUGGUGGACCUUGUUCCCCUUUCGCUAGGUUAUCGGAGUUUCGGAGAAGAAAUGAGCUUUGUAAUAAGAAGAAAUACAAAAAUACCGACUAAAGCAUCUACAGUGUGUACAAACGAAGGUGAUACCUCCAGUAUUUUUGAAAUAUACGAAGGCGAACGUACAGAUGUCAGAAAAAAUCGUUAUUUAGGAAAAUUAUUCGUUGAUGGUUUAACACCGGCACCUCCCAGAGAACGAAGUAUAAUUUUUACCUUGGACAUUGACAACAAUGGGAUACUAACAGCUAGAGCUGAAGAAAAAGUGUCUAAUACUGUUAGCGAAGUGAAAGUAAAUUACACUAGAGGUGACAGGAGUGAAUUUGAAAUUAAGAAUUCUUUGCUAGAUGCAGUAGAAAAUCAGGAGAUCGAUAAAAAGUUUAAAAAGUUUGUUAAAAUGAAAGAAAAAUUGGACGCGUAUUUAAGUAGUUUUUUGUAUAACCUUGAUACAAAGAACUUGAGUGAAAAAUACCGAUCAGUUCAGAUAUUUUGUAGUGAAAGGAUGAAUGACUUAUAUGACAUGGAAGUCGAUCAAGAAAAUACGGUGAAAGGUCUUUAUAAAGAAGUGAAAAUUAAAUGUAACGCAAUUGCUGAGCGUCAUAAUUUUGAGUACAUGCCUUAAUUAGAUAUAUAGGUAGCACUAUUACAUGUAAAAUGUUUCUAAAUAAUUAGGUAUUAGUAAUUUUUCUA